AUGGAUAACCUAACAAAAAUUGUGGAAUUGUUGGUAAAUGUUCAAAAAGAACAGAAUUUACCAAAAAAUCCGCCUGAGAAGCCAAUCACUACAGACGUAGUACAAAAGGCAGAAAGCUCGAAAGAGAAUAACCCUAACAAAAAUAAUGUCAGCGAGACAUCAAAUACUGGACAGGCAGAAAAUAAUGAAAAAGCUGAACAGGAAACAGACAAGGAUGGUGUCUUAAAGGUUUUAGGAUUAGACCCGGAUGAUUCUAAAAUUAAGAAUGUGAAAUAUCAUCCAGAACUGAAAAAUACUUGGCUUAAGUGGAAGAGCGAGGGCCUUCCGGAAAAGAACAAGAAAGAAAUUUUGGAGGCAUAG